CAUUUUGACAGUCAAUUAGAUCCUCCCCGGCACCCGUCAGGCGCGCCCCCGAGUCCGCAAUCCGCGCACCCGGAAACUGAGAAGUGACAACAAAAGCAACGCUUUGUUCAGCAUCAUGUCUGAUAAAAGUGAGCUGAAAGCUGAGCUGGAGAGAAAGAAACAGCGUCUGGCUCAGAUCAGAGAGGAGAAGAAGAGAAAAGAGGAGGAACGCAAGAAAAAAGAGGCGGAGCUGAAAGAGGCCGCUCCACCGCGGGAUGAUUCAGAUCUGGAGAAGAAGCGCAGAGAGGCAGAUGCUCUGUUACAGAGUAUGGGCAUCACAUCUGACGUACCUGUGGUUCCUGCACCAAUGUCUCCCACAGCCAAAUCUGUGGACACUCCAAGUGAGGCAGGUAGCCAAGAUUCAGGAGAUGGUGCCACAGGACCAAGGACUCUGCACUGGGACUCUGACCCUUCUACUCUUCUGCUUCACUCUGAGCUGGGGCGUGGUCCACUGAAGUUGGCCAUGGCAAAGGUGACCCACGUGGACUUUCCACCCAAAGAGGUGGUGUCUUACACCAAGGAAACACAGACGCCCACCAUGACGGAACAGAAAGAGGAGAUAGAGGAGGAGGAAGAGACCCCUCACCCACAGCCAGCAGUCGAGGCAGAGAAAGAGAAACCAGUAGAGAAACAGGAAGAGGAAGUGCCCCCUCAUGAGUUUACAGAGGAGGAGAAGUUACAGAUUCUGCACUCAGAAGACUUCUUGGAGUUUUUCGAUCACAGCACACGCAUCGUAGAGCGCGCUCUCUCUGAACACGUGGAUGUUUUCUUUGACUACAGCGGCCGUGACAUGCAGGAGAAGGAGGGUGAGAUGCAGGCUGGAACCAAACUGUCUCUAAACAGGAAGUUUGUUGAUGAGCGCUGGUCCAAACAGCGAGUGGUUACCUGUCUGGAUUGGUCCCCACAGUAUCCUGAGCUGCUGGUCGCCUCUUAUAACAACAAUGAGGAAGCACCACAUGAGCCUGAUGGAGUGGCUUUGGUCUGGAACAUGAAGUACAAGAAGACCACACCGGAGUAUAUCUUCCACUGUCAGUCUGCGGUCAUGUCUGCUGCGUUUGCAAAGUUUCAUCCUAACUUGGUUGUUGGUGGGACUUACUCGGGACAGAUCGUCUUGUGGGACAACAGAAGUAAUAGACGCACACCUGUCCAGAGGACACCUCUGUCUGCUGCCGCCCACACGCACCCAGUGUACUGUGUUAAUGUGGUUGGCACACAGAAUGCUCAUAACCUCAUUAGCAUCUCUACGGAUGGGAAGAUGUGCUCAUGGAGUCUGGACAUGCUGUCCCAGCCACAGGAUAGUAUGGACCUGGUGUUUAAGCAGUCAAAAUCUGUUGCGGUCACCUCCAUGUCCUUCCCCCUGGGUGAUGUUAAUAACUUUGUGGUGGGAAGUGAGGAUGGAUCAGUCUACACAGCCUGUCGCCAUGGCAGUCGUGCAGGUAUCAGUGAGAUGUUUGAGGGGCAUCAUGGUCCAAUCACAGGGAUUCACUGCCACACUGCAGCUGGAAUGGUUGAUUUCUCUCAUCUCUUCCUGACCGCCUCAUUUGAUUGGACUGUUAAACUCUGGAGCACCAAGAAUAACAAGCCACUGUACUCAUUUGAGGACAACUCCGAUUAUGUGUAUGAUGUCAUGUGGUCUCCGGUGCACCCCACUCUUUUCGCUUGUGUGGACGGACUCGGGCGGAUUGACCUUUGGAACCUCAACAAUGACACAGAGGUACCCACUGCCAGCAUGGCUGUUGAUGGUAGUCCUGCUCUAAACAGACUGCGCUGGUCUCAAUCGGGCAGAGAGAUUGCCGUGGGAGACUCGGAGGGACAGAUCCACAUUUAUGACGUUGGCGAGCAAAUCGCAGUCCCACGAAGUGAUGAAUGGACACGCUUUGUGCGGACUCUGGCUGAGAUUAACGAAAACCGCGAUGAUGCGGAAGAACUGGCCGCCCAACGCCUCACUGCUUGAUCGUCAUGGAAACCAACGCCAUUCCAGAGAUCUCAGAAACAAACAGCCCCAGACAAUGACAGCUGUAAUCAUCUCUCUCUUUGGAAAUGAAAUGAUUUUUUUUUUUUUUUGUGGGCAAACCUUUGAUUCUGCCUUUUUGAAAUAAAAAUAUGAAAUCCGGGCUGUAGAUUCAAUUCAUAGUAUGGGGGCAGAAGGUGUCUCACUCACUCUGUGACCAGAAGCCUUAACAUUUGCAUGCAAAUAAAAAAAUAUACAUUUUUCUCAGUUUAUAUCCAGGUGCCUCUGAGCCUGAUAAUCUCUCAGAUUACUAUACACAGCCAAACAAAAACAUCAACACGAGUGAAUCUCACAGAACCUGUCAAGAACAUGUCCAGGUCAUAUUUCACCCCCAAAUCUAAAGAAAUAAGUACUAAAUGCAAAACAAAAAAACAAUCUUAAUACUAGAGUAAUCAUUGUAUUCUUUUGAACCAAAUAAGAACUAGAAAGAAGUCUAGAGAUCGACCUAUUUAACUCUAGAUCUGCUCCAUUGGGCACAAAUUCAACAUCACAUGAGUUUGGUGUAGAUUUCUGUUCUAUUAGCUGUGGACCAAACGGUUAGGGUGUCUAAUCAGUGAUUUGUGACUUCAACUCUUUUUCGGCUCUCUCAAUUUUCGUACUCGAAAUGAAAACUUGUUCGUCUCCACCUGAGCAGAGUCUCCUAUUUAUGAUACAUAUGAAUACAUACUGCUUGUCUUCAGACUAUCUGAACUAUUUAAAGCAUCUCAUUUUUAGAUCAAGGUCUUCCUCCUCCAGUAUUACACAUCUGUUCGAAAUGGUAACUGUAGCUUUUGCAGAACCUCUUUGAAUGUCUUUUUAUAUCUACAAAUUCUUUUUCUAAGCCAAAACUUUGUUAAACCUGUUCUGACUCAAUCAGGUUGAAGUCCUCAAGCUGUACUGUAGUACUUGAGAGAAGAUAGUAGUCAGGAUUUUUGCAACUAUUUCCUACAGUAUUCUUCAUGUUUGAAUGUCCAAUAAAUUCUGCAUUUCAAAAUGUAAA